UUUCCCCCUCCGUCCUCCCCGCCUUUCUCAUAUCAAAAAUCAAUUUCCGCUCUCUCCGCAUCUUCAAUCUCACACUGCCAAUUACCUUCUAUUACUUUCCAAAUUUGUAAUCCUCUUCUCUCUUACUCGACGCCGCUCGCUCUCUCUUUCUCUCUCUUUCUAAAAAUAUCUCUUGCCUACAUUUGGGAUGGUUUGUUGACCAGUUCACCUAUUUCUUUCCUCUGUUUUCUCUUGGUUUGACAAUAUCAACAGUUGAAAUUCAGAUCUUUUUUUUUUUGUGUGUGUGUUUUCAACCAAAUUAAAAUCUGGGUAUUGAUUGAAUACCUUUUUUACGAACUGGGUUUUUAUUAAUUUUUAGUUUCAAUACUCGUUUGAUUUAACAAACCAUUUCCCAAUUAUAUUCAAGAACUCAAGAGAGCGAGCGGCAAAUUGUGAGGCUAGUGACAAUGGCUGCACCAGAGGAAAGUGGCAAAUCAAGAACGGCAAUGGGCGAAGAACUGGACUUUGAUGAAAGUACCUUUGAAAGACAGCAAAGGAGGCCAGUUUUUGAAGAAGCUUCCAUUUCUAACAGACGUUUCAAGAAAAUCAAAAGUCCCGAACACCAACGCUAUUCUCAAUCCUAUGCUUCUUACUCUCACCAGCAACCGAGUUUCCCAUCCUCUGUUCCUUAUAAUAAUCCCACAUCCAUGCCAUUUCCUCCUCCUCCUCCUACUCCGUCAUCGUCAUCAUCUUCUUCUACAACGUCAAGGCUCGUUUUCCCUUUUGCCAUUGACGGGACACACCAAUUGGGACCUAACACGACGCCUGUGUUUUCCCCGCAGCAGCAGCAAAUGAUCUCAUUUUCACCUCAACAACAAUGUCUUUACCCUCCGUAUUUUGCAGGGGAGUUAGGAUCAUCACAGAAUCAGCAGCAACUAUUGCAGUAUUGGAACGAAACGAUAAAUUCAAGCCCGAGAGGAAGAAUGAUGAUGAUGAGCAGAUUAGGGCAAGAUAGCAGGGGAUAUUUUAGGCCGCCUCAGGUAGUACAACCUAUUUCCGCGACAAAGCUAUACAGAGGAGUGAGGCAGAGACAUUGGGGAAAAUGGGUAGCUGAAAUUCGUCUUCCAAGGAAUCGGACCCGUCUUUGGCUUGGUACAUUUGACACCGCUGAAGAUGCAGCCAUGGCUUAUGACCGCCAGGCGUAUAACCUAAGAGGAGACAAUGCUAAGCUCAACUUCCCUGAACUGUUUAUUGGUAAAAACAGAGGAGAAGCUUCUCCCUCAUCUCCAAUUACUUCUCAAGAAACUUCAGUUUCGGUGCAGCCAAUAGAUAAAGAACUACUGCCUCCGCCUCAGCCUCCACAGCCACCACCGGAAGGUGAUAAUCAUGAUGAGGACUCGGGGAUGGGACCGAGUGAGGUGAUAGCUAGUGAUGAAAUCCAAGGGAGUUUUGAUAGUUUUGGUCUGAUAGAAGGUUCUGGAUCAUCAUCAUCACAAUCAAGUGAAUUAGUAUGGGGUGAAAUGGCUGAGGCAUGGUACAAUGCAAUACCAGCAGGUUGGGGUCCAGAUAGUGCAGUUUGGGAUGAUGUGGAUUACACAAAUAAUAACCUCAUGUUUCCACCUAAUCUUGAUUUUGGGAAUUUAGAGCCUCAUAAUUCUGAUCCUCAUCAGCAUCAUGAUAAUAAUAAUAAUAAUAAUAAUAGAGAUAAUCCAUCUUCACCUUCAUGUCCCAUGAGGCCUUUCUUUUAGGUUCAAUUUCUCAUACAUUUGUCCAUUUAGGAUUUAGGUGUUACAUGCUCCCUUUGGCCAUAGGAGAUCUUUUUUUGACAUAAUCUCCGCGGAUUCAUCCACCGGAUGCAUCUCUGGCCAGGCCCGUGAGUUCAUACACCGUCUUUGUUCAUCUCUUUUUCCAAUUGUUGCAGUUUUUAACCUGCAAUGCGAUCUUUGGACCCCUCUUCCACUUGAUCCACCAUACUUGUCAUAUCUGCAAAAUGGCUGCAUAUUUAAAGCCUUUUCUUGCAGUGACAAGUUUUACUUGUUUACUAGUACUUCACACAUAUGUAUCACAUUUAGUGAGACCAUAUGCUAGUUUCAUCAGCACUUAGUUGGUUUCCUUAGAUUUUUUCUCAUUUGCAGUGUUUAAUUUAGUGCAGUAGUUAAAUUGCCUUAGCACCAACGUCGAGGGAGACAGUUUUAUGAUCUACUCUUGACAAUUCCUCCAUCACGAGCUCAUUUUUUAUUCGCGAGGAUGGUGAGAAUGGAAGUGUGUGUAUAUAUAUGUAUUGAUCUUCACUUCAGAUCUAUAUGUUGUAAUUUGUUUGUUGUUGUUUUAUUGAAGAUAUUAGUUCAGCAUUUUGUUCCUCUUCUGAAGUUGAUACAUU